GGGGGUCAGGGGUCGGUCCCUGUCGCGCACGCGCUCUGUGUGUCUCUCUCUCUCUCUCUCUCUGGGUGGCGGGCAAUGGCGGCCCCGGGGAGCGAGGAUCUCAGGCUCCCGCUGCGGAACCUCGGCUGCAGCCUCAGGCCGGCGGCGGCGCAGCUGAGAGAAGGAGAAUCGUUCUGGAACUCUGAAGAUUUUGACUUGCAGUUCUUCUGGAAUACCCUGGAUGAAUGUUUCAAAGCUAUAUCACAAGAAGCAACAAAGCUCAGUCUCCUCUUUUCAAAGCCACCCUUGCCAUCUGCGAAUGACUGUCAGAAACUGGCUGAUGACAUUCAAAAGAGCAUUCUUAAUUUAUCCACAGUGUACUACUGGUUACCCAAGAGUCAAGGCGUGACUCUACGACGACUAGUUCGAGAUGCUGCAGUAGAGAUAGUGGAGGGAGUCAUUCAGCUUGUGGAUGUGAUACUGAAUACGCCACUUCAGAGUUUGUCACAGGACCAGCUGAUGUCCACUGGUGGAGUUUGGGAAGCUUGCGAUCAAUUUACUCGGAUACCAAAAGAUAACAAGGCAGCUGUUUUAUCCGUAAUGUCGUCCUAUGCUUCCGUUGUAAAAGAUGCUUUGGAGGAAAUGGAACAGGCUCAGCAUGAAGAUAAUCCCGAUCCAUUCAGUGACAUUUUAGAUGAUGGAGAUUUAGACGCGCGGGGAAAUCAGGAUACUUACUGGUCUGAGGCAGAUCGGCAGGUCAUGGCUCCCUGUUUAGGGUUGAUGAAGGCAUCCAAAGCGUGUCUGAAAAAGGUCUCUGGUGCAGUGAAAGCUCACGGAAAGACAGACAACUUGCAGCAUAUAGCACAGCUGGAUGACUUAGCGGAUGUUACCAAUGAGAUCAGUCCCAGUAUUGAUGAUUUGGCUUUAAGUCUGUAUCCUCCAAUGAGCCACACUGCAGUACGAUUCAACGCGGCAAAUCUGGCUUCUAUCCUGAAGAAAGUUCUGGAAAUAACCAAGUUCUGUCAUGUGUGUUCUGAGUCAGAGGCCAACUGGGUGGAAUUUCUAAAUGCAGCCAUCGAUCACAACAUAGGCAAAGUAAAGAAUUUAACGCAGGGUAGUAUUUAACCAACAAGAGAUGUUUACAGCCGAGUGCUGUGUUCAGAAAAUCCUUGGGCUGGAAAGAGAAGAGCAGCAAAUGAAUGAUGGCGAUUACUGCUACCACUGUUUGUUUAAAUAUAUCCGACUAUCAUUGCUGUGCUAUCCUGGGGCCAUUUACUGUUGAUAUACUGAAGUGCUUGCAUGUACUGCUGAAUUUAUGAAUUUAGCAAGAUCAUUAAUGCUUUCAAAACUGCAGUAGAAUUUUCAACAGUAAAUUCAGCUUUUAACACAAGGCUCGACUUUUCAAUUCCACCCCCGAAUAUAAUUGGGAACAAAAGGCAAUAGUUAGUAAGGACACUGGGACCUGGUCUUCGACCACUCCGGAUUUUAAGGGCUUAAAAUCUGAUGGCUUUCAGGCUCGUAUGUGAAGUGAGUUUGUCCAGCCCCAGACCAGUAUUCAGUCGACACGAGUCCACAGAGUAAAACUGCCUGCAGUUCAAUACGAAUUUCCCCUAAAAGACUUUCAGUGCUCUAUGUAUGCCUGCUUCAGUGUAUUAUGGAAUUCAAUCCAUAUGCUUUAGUCUGGCGUUUGAGUCAAAAGUGAUUUAAUAUGAGAUUUCCAUGAAAAUCCUUGAAUGUAUGGUCACUGCGAUAGUGAUUAAAUAAAGCAAUUUUGGAUUAA